UGAUAUGUGGCAUUGAUGUGGCACUGGUAGGCACUGAUAUGUGGCAUUGAUGUGGCACUGGCAGGUGGCAUGGAUGAGCACUGAGAGCUGGCACUGAUGGACACUGACAGGUGGCACUGCUGGGGUUACACUGAUCAUCAGGGCACAUGUCCCCUCAGCUGUGGCGAUCGGUAGUGCGCUGUGUCCCUUGGACACAGCAGAUCAAUGGAAAGAGCCAAAGAUGUCGGCUCGGUCAUGUGAUCAGCUGUGUCCAAUCACAGCUGAUCACAUAGCAGAGCCGGUAAUCGGCAUCCCUCAGAGGGACAUGUGCACUGAUCAUCAGGGCACUGAUGAUCACCCCAGCAGUGCCACCUGUCAGUGUCCAUCAAUGCCACCUGUCAGUGCUCAUCCAUGCCACCUGCCAGUGCCCAUCAGUACCACAUCAAUGCCACAUAUCAGUGCCUACCAGUGCUCAUCAAUGCCACAUAUCAGUGCCCAUCUGAGCUGCCUUUCAGUGUCACCCAUCAGUGCCAGUCAGUGCCACCUAUCAAUGCCAGUCAGUGCCUGUCAGUGAUGCCUAUCAGUGCUGCCUAACUGCCAGUCAGUGCCACCUAACAGUGUCAGUUAGUGCUGCCUAUCAGUGCUAGUCAGUGCCACAUAUCAGUGCCAUAUAUGAGUG